AUGCCGCUGCUUCAGUCUCUUGGACUGGCACCUGCCAAACAUGCUAUUCGCAAACUGUUUCGCCGGCCGCCAGCUGAUAACGUGGAAAACGGAGACAACAGACCACCAAGCCAGUUUUCGUCUGCGGCAGCUGGCUCAGAAAACUCAGCCCAUGAUUCAUCACCACCUCAGAAUUUACUCACAAAACCGGACGAAAAAGCAUCAAAGCAUCUGAAGCAUCGAAAACCCUCUGAAACCAGCAUUUCACCGAACGAUAUUUCGGACAAAAUGGCUGUGGCCGAUCAGCAGUUGUCCCAAGAGGACAAGGAGAACCACCGACCACAAGGAAGCGAUGGUGGCGAUUUGGUGCUUCCGUUAAAGAAUUUGGACAUUAAUUCCCAAAAUGAAAGCCCCAGUGACGUCGAAAUCAUCAUUGAGGACCCCGCUGUUUUGGCUGAACGGGCUCAUCAUUUACGAUUCAUCGAGGAGGCACUCGACAUGGCUCGACUUGCGCUUCGUACGAAUGAAACCCCAGUGGGUUGUGUGCUUGUUCACAACGGCACCAUUAUCGCCAAAGGAAUGAACGCAACGAACGUUACGCGCAAUGGUACCAGACACGCAGAAUUUAUGGCCAUCUCGGCUCUCUUAUCAUAUCCCCCGAAGAAUGGUCCCCGUAAAACAUCUCUGAGACCGAAAGAUCUCCCGAGACCAGCCUUCAAAACACCUGACGAUGCCUCCGAUGCAACCUCGAUUGAAUCAAAGUCACCCGACGAAGGCAAUGAAGAUGGCAAGAAGGGUCAUUUAUAUCCUUAUGGCCAGAAACUUUAUCCCCAUGACAAGGUCAACCGCGAAAUUAUUCGAGAAUGCAUUCUCUAUGUCACAGUGGAGCCCUGUGUGAUGUGUGCAUCUCUCCUGAGACAACUAGGCAUCAAAAAAGUGUAUUUUGGUGCCGUCAAUGACAAAUUUGGUGGUACUGGGGGUGUGUUCAGCAUUCACGCCAAUUCUUUGCCUGUCAGGGAGGAUGGGCAAACACCGAGCGCACAUCCCACUCCGCGACCAUCCCAGCUCCCAGAUGGCAGUGGCACACUAGGCACAUCCUACCCGCCUGGUGGAGGCGAUGGUGGGAAUGUGGAAGAAGGAUAUGAGAUUGAAGGUGGAUGGGGACGUGAUGAAGCUGUAGGACUUUUGAGACGGUUCUACGUGCAAGAAAAUGGGCGUGCACCUGUGCCGAGGAAGAAGGAGGGAAGGGCAGCUCGAUUGGCGGCUAUGAUGGAGAAGGAUGGCGAGGCGGAAAUUGAGUCUCCUACUGGUGAGGCUGUUCAAGAAUCGGAAACAGAAACGGCCCAACGUCAAGAUGAAGAUAUUGGGAAGGAGAAUGUUGACCCAAACCCUGCCGCAAAUGCCCUGCUAGGAAAACAGGUCGAGGCGGCUUAG